CUCGUAGACUGUCUGAAAAAGAACAUAUGAAAAUGAAGAACCUCUCUCUCUUACUUCUCACUCUCACACUACUUUUCAUUUCUGUUUGUUCACAAGUACAACAAACACAAUUUGUUUAUAGAUGGCCAGAAACUUAUUGUGAAAAAGCUACUCCAACAGUGGCAUGUACCAAAAUUCCUCUACAAUUUACCUUAGUUGGAUUUUGGGGAACAGAUUCCAGUGGAGGAAUUCAACAAGGUUGCCAAGAUACAGGAAAAUAUGAUUGGGCCAAAGUGUUUACUACUGAAACGGUCAAUAAACUCACAGCAUUUUGGCCAUCCCUCAGUACACAAGACCCCACAGAAAUGUGGAAAGCAGCUUGGACAACAUAUGGAACAUGCCUAAUAUCAAAGUUCAAAACUCCAACACAAUACUUCAAUAGGGCUAUAAGAUUGUCUGAUGCAAUUGGAGGAGGAAAUUUAUUACAAGGUCAAUUAAUUGGAAAAGAUGGAAUUGUCCCUUGUGAUUCUGCUACUUACACCAAUGCUGAAAUCUUGAAGUCACUCACAGCAGUUACAACAGUCAACAAUCAAAAAGAAAAAAAAGUGUCAUUCACUUGCAAUAGCAUUAAUUCAACUCAUGCUUAUUUGAAUCAAGUUACAUUUUGCUACACAAAUAAUGCACAAUAUUAUACAGAUUGUCCAACUACUGUCAUUAGCAAACGUUGUAAUGUUCCAAACAUUAUUGUUCCUCGUCCUCCAACUCCAACUGCUCGAGCUUCAUCUCUACAGGAUCUUCUAACUGGAGAAAAGAUUGGACCAAAUGUCUUAUGGGAGACCCUUGGUCAACUAUUUUAAUAUAAUAUUUAUGUGAAGCUUUAUAAGAAAGUUUACUAAGUAAUAAUAGAAAGAUGAAUAAUGUUUCAAUUGUGACUGUUAUGUACUAAAUAAUGAAGCAAAUAAAGUGAUCAUCUUUCUAUUUUAUUUAUUGUGACUCAAUAUUUGUACUUUAUUCU